AUGUAUAACGUUGGUGCUAUCUCGAAUUACAAAUAUACAGUUCAACCCGACUAAGAGAACAGCCUAAACUCUCUAGUAAAGCAAAUACGGGAACAAUGAGAAUGAUGAAGACUAUCAUCAAUGUUCGCUUCAAUUCAACAUACAUGAAAACUUCCGCUGCUAAUCGUAACAACUAUUUGAAGGAAAGGCAAAUCAAAUGCAUAAGUACGGCACAACAACCUUUCUCUGGCGUGCGCUACCCUUUUCCCGUCAUCUUCGCCCAAGGCUCCAGCUAUGCCUCCGUUUUGUAGAUAAUGACCAUACCAAGUAAGCAUAAUAACAAGGACUACCGUCUACUUGGUUAUUGUGCUCGUCCGCCGUGUGUCAUUAGCUUCGCGAGUUGAGCUCGAGGAACGUGCAACAUCGGCGU